AUGCUAAAGUCGCAUGGUAUAAUAUUAAAAAAACAGUUUCCAACAAUAGUAACGCGAAAAAAAGUUUUUGAAUCUAAAGUAAACGACUAUGUUCGGAUCAGUAAAUAUAAGUCAGUGUUUGAGAAAGGAUAUGAGCUUGGUUAUACUGAAGAACUUUCUCAAAGAACAAAAGUAAAACUUCGGCAAAACAUUCCUAUUUAUGAAUUAAAAGAUUUGAAUGGUGAAGAAAUGGAUGGUUCCUUUUAUGAACAAGAAUUAGUGCGCGUUAAUAAAGAUUUUGAAGAAGACGAAUUUACAAUCAAGAAGAUAAUUAAAUCCAAGGGAAAAGGAAAAAACAAACAAUACUUUGUCAAGUGGCAGGGAUAUCCAGAUAAAUUUAAUUCUUGGGUUCUCGCAUCAACAAUAUCAGAAUGA